AACUAGUCGACACACUUUAACUUAAUUUGUGUCACUCCAGCUGGACAGGAGACCGAGUCUGACACCGACAACUUUUCAAACUAAAUGAUAAACCUGCUUAUUUGUAGCAGGAGUCCCGUCUGAGGAUCAUCUCGAUGUCCGUCUCAGUGGCCUCAGUGUCCCGUCUGCUCCGAUGCAGUCUGUCCUCGGUGGGCCGGAGCACCAGCGGGGGGGUCCGGUGGAGCAGCACUCGUCUGGACGUUGAUGGAAGCGGACGUCCAGCCACGUGGGACUCGUUCGGUAUCUGGGAUAACCGGAUAGAGGAGCCCAUCCUGCUGCCUCCCAGCAUCCGCUAUGGGACCCCCAUCCCACAAAUCAGCCUGUCCAAGGUGGGCUGCGCCUCCCACAUCGGCCGCCGACGCGACAACGAAGACCGCUUCCAGACCAGCAGACUCACGCAUGACAUCCUCUUCUUCGCUCUGUUCGACGGACACGGAGGACCACAGGCCGCGGACUUCUGUCACAAACACAUGGAGCAGCACAUCCGGGAUUGUUUGGAGGUGGAAACAGAUUUACAAGCAGUUGUAUCUAAAGCGUUCCUGCAAGUGGACGCAGCUUUGGCUGCGGAGCUGCAGAUGUACGGCAACGCCUCCCUCAUGAUGGUGGGCACGACGGCGACGGUGGCGCUGUUACGAGACGGGAUCGAGCUGGUCGUCGGCAGCGUCGGAGACAGUCGAGCUCUUCUGUGCAGGAAGGGAAAAGUGCGCAAACUCACCGACGACCACACGCCAGAGAGGAAAGAUGAGAAACACAGAAUUCGUCAGAGUGGUGGGUUUGUGACCUGGAAUAGCGUCGGUCAGGCAAACGUUAACGGCCGGUUGGCAAUGACCCGCAGCAUCGGAGACUUCGACCUGAAGAAGAGCGGCGUGAUCGCAGAACCAGAGACCACUCGAACUCUAUUGCAUCACGCUCACGACUCUUUCCUGGUUCUCACCACCGACGGCAUCAACUUCAUCAUGACCAACGAGGAGAUCUGUGAUGUCAUCAACCAGUGCCACGACCCCACCGAAGCGGCAAACGUCAUCGCUGAGCAGGCUCUGCAGUACGGCUCGGAAGACAACAGCACAGCCAUUGUCGUCCCAUUUGGAGCCUGGGGAAAACAUCAGAAUGGCGAAUAUACGUACAACAUGAGCCGAAACUUUGCCUCCAUCGGCCGCUGGUCCUAACGGUGGUCAAAAGAUCAUCUCAACAAGAAAAAAAAAAAACUCCCAUUAACAACCUGUUCUCAUAGUAAACAAAAGUCCAUCUGUAUGAACACCAGUCUGAAGAUCAAAAAAACAACUGUUCUUCUGCAACUCUCCAUCCUAAGCGAGAGUAAAAGUGGUAGAUUAUUAUUUAUUGUUAGGGAACAUUCAUUGCGUUAAAUAAUUACGUCAUUCUUUCACGAAACAUAAGAAGAUUGAAUUAUGUGUAUGUAAUUAUGUCAACACUAAAUAAGGCCCAUCAAACAAAAGUU